UUAAUUUCGCGUGAAAUUGUUCUAGUUCUUCGGUUCUGAAGGCAGCGGCCAUCUCCACUCGCCGCUCGUAGUUCCCUAUGAUCACUACCAUGGCACCUACUUAGCCCAGCAUUCGCUUCCGCUUCUACUAGCUGUCUCCACCUCUCCACGAUUCUACCUCUAUAAGUUUAUUGAGAGCUUAAGAAACUUCGAACAGGAACAGCUUGUUCCAGAAGAAGAAUCGAUUCAUGGAGUCUCUCUCGAGAUUCGGCAUAGCGUUUGAAGACGAAGACGACGAUGAGGAGGUGUUCGGGAAGAAAGAAUGCACUUCUCAAAAAGAGUUGACCAUGAAGGUUGAUGGAAAAAACAAUGAGCAGAAGACCAGCACGCCACGAUCAAAGCAUUCUGCCACCGAGCAGAGACGUAGAAGUAAAAUAAAUGAUCGAUUUCAAAUGCUUAUAGGACUUUUGCCUAAUAGUGAUCAGAAAAGAGAUAAAGCUUCAUUUCUGUUGGAGGUUAUCGAAUAUAUCCAGUUCUUACAAGCGAAGAUACACAAGUACGAUCCGAUUUCCACUGGAUGGAGUGAUGAAAAUGCUAGAUUAAUGUUAUUGAACAAUCGGCAUGACGCCGGGGAUCUCAGUGAUGAUCCUCAACUCUUCAAAAAUGGUGCUUCUUCUUCUUCUGGAUUACUGAUGUCAGAUAUGGCAUCCCACUCUGAGUGGCUGAAAUCAUCACUUCCUGUUGAUUGUGCUGUUAGCAAUUAUUUUUUCGAUGAACAUGAAGAGCUAACAAUCGACGAAGAAACAGUUCGAGCGUCAGAUGCAUACUCUCAAGGGUUAUUGAAUACUCUAAGCCAAUCAUUGCAAAAUUCAGGCAUAGACCUUUCUCAAGCUAAUAUUUCUGUGAAUAUUAAUUUGGGGAGGAGAAGUGGUUGCAGACAUAAUACUUCCACAAGUAUUACUGCUCAAAAGGAUCAGGAUGAACCAUCAUCCUGCAAUCUUGUUAUGGGCCAGGCCUUGGCGGGGAACAGGAGCGACGAAUCAGAGGCAGCAGCAAAGCGACACAAGUUAGAUCAUAUAGUCACUCAUCUCUAGGCCGAUUGAUUAAGGGUCUUAACUCUAAUUUAAAAGUUUUUGGGUUUUAUACUGCUAAAUACAGUUUGUUGCCAAUGUCUCUAUUUUGCUUCAGCCAGCUUCUGAUAAUGUAGAUCUGAAUGUUACAAAUGCUGCAUCUUUCUUUUAUUGAGCUGUGUUGUGUGGAAUUGAAGAUUUGAGUAUUUAUUAAGGAAGAUUGAUAUACCUGCCACUCAAUUCCUGUGUAUUUACAUGUCUAAACACCUAAACCAUAAACUUUACAUAUAUACCAGCUGAACUUUACAUGAAAAGGUGUAUGUCACUUUUUGUAAGUUGAAAGAGUGGUAGCUUUUAUGUGAUAAGAAAGAUUU